GCGAACACAGCGGAACGCAUAGAAAUGAGAAAAUUAUUCUCUAUUUUCGUGCGUAUUUAAUGGUGUCAAACAAAAAAUCAAAAUUUAAGUAGGCCACUUGAUAAGAGAAGUAACAAUGUGUAGCAAGAGCCUUAUUUCAGUGUUGAUACUUUAUUUAUGUUUCGAUUAUGCUCAUCAGCACAAAGAAAAUCACAUGUCCAGAUUAUAUAGGCAGCUGGCUGCGCGAAUGCCUGCUGCCAAUGACUGGGAUUUCUUGAUGUUCACUCAGCAAUGGCCUAGUUCUAUGUGCAAAGUUUGGACGCAUAAAAAGCCUCAUCACCAUUGUGUAUUUCCUAAGAAGCCUGACUCCUGGACUAUUCAUGGAAUAUGGCCAACUAAGAAAGGAACUAAAGGGCCUUUUAACUGCAAUAACACUUGGCUAUUUGAUGUUGAACAGAUUAGACCUAUUGAAAAUGAAUUGGAGGAAGCUUGGACUAAUAUUGAGAAAGAAACUGCACUCUACAAUCUAUGGGCUCACGAAUGGAACAAACAUGGCACCUGUGCUGCCAGCUUAGAAGCACUCAACAGCCAACUGAAAUACUUCAGCAAAGGCAUAGAAUUACUCAACAAAUACCACAUGAAUGAUAUGCUCAGUGCUGCCAACAUAUUACCUUCAAACACUACAGGUUUAAACGCUCAAGAUAUCAACAAGGCCAUAGUUUCAAAACUGGGUAUCCGGCCCUUCAUAGCAUGCGAAUUCGAAGAUGGAAUCCAGUACUUAAUGGAACUUCGUAUAUGCUUUGAUAAACAAAUGAAUGUGAUGGAGUGCGAGGGUGAACAUGAAAUCAAUGGGUUGAUAACAAACUGUGUUGUUUCUAAAGAAAUUAUGUACCCGGCUCGGGAACAACCCCCUAAUAGGCAACUGGUACAGUUAUACAAGUUUGUUAACUGGGUACAGUGGUUUACAUUGUAAUUUUAGUUAAGAAUUUGAUAAAGAAAUAUUGUCAAAUUCUUAUGUAAAAACCAUGGAGUAAGGAAAGAUAAGCGGAGAUGCCAUAAUGCUGGUAGGUCAGGCUCCAUCUUCUAGGUCAAGUUCAAACAGAGGGAAAGACCAAAACGAUCAGUUACGAGUGAACUAACAAGGUGUUCGUGUUCUUUGAAACAUCUGUCAACGAUUUUUGGUAUUACAAGAAAUGGUUGGUUCCAUAGAAGGCGUAUAAGGGCGAAAACAGUAACUUUCCUCGUCCCCCGCAUUUUGGCGCGCUACUUUCUUAAGAGAUUUUCCAUUAUGGCACCUCCGCUAGUCAUUUUUUUCUCCAUGUUUAAACAUAGUUUUUUAUUGUUAACAGUUGCUCUAUUCCCUUCAAUUCUAGUACAAAAUAUGUUAAAUAUUCUGUAUAUUUUACGGUAUCCUGUUUUUUUGUAGCACUGUUUUAUUUUUAAAUCUUUCUUUGUAUUAUUUAAGGUUGUGUUUUAUCUCCAUGUACUUAAUCCAGUGCAAUAAGUUUUAUUUAAAAUCAAUUUUAUUUAAUUGAAUGUGUGAAAAAAUCUGGGGCUUAAAUUAGGAUAAAUAGUGUACCUAUAUUAGUUACCAGUUUGUAGUUUAGCCUUCUAUAGAAAAUUGAUUAUGCCGUCCAAUAGUAAAUUUGCUUGAGUCUGCGAACCAAGCUUAACAACAACUACUUAUAGAUUUUCCCAGCAUAAUAUGAAAUUUUGUCCUUAAAUUCAAAAUUGUCACUCUUCCCAAUGUCAUUCGUUACUUCUAAAAUUCUUCCAAGAAAUUUUUAUUAAUUAUUUAAAAAUGUUUGUUAAAUUUGUAUUUUUAUAGUUCUCCCCAAGCUUAUGGUGAAAUCGGAACGUUGCGCAGAAACCAUUUUUAUUCACAUGCGCGUUCUGUGCUCUGAAGUUAGUCGCAAACCGCCAUUAUGCUUUCUGAGAACUUAUUAUAUUAUAUUAUAUUAUAUAUUAUUAUAUCUAGCCUGUAGUGUCCCACUGCUGGGCAAAGGCCUCCCCAUCUCGCUUCCACUCUUCCCGAUCUUUCGACCGUGUCCACCAAUCCGGACGAUAGGCGUCUAGUUCGUCACGCCAUCUCUUCCGGGGCCUACCCC